GCGUGUGAUAUAAUAGAAUCGCGAGUGCGUCCCGUGUUAAAAAUAGAAAUUUAUAGUGAAGUAGGUACAGUGCUUGUGGACACAGGUGCUAAGCACUCUAUAGGUAGUGUUAGCUUAAGAGCUCACUUAAUGAAGUAUGGUCAUCAAUUUGAAAAUGUAUAUGUAGAACUUAAGUUUGCUGACGGACACAUGUGUGCGCAAAUUGUUGAAUUAGCACACGUAAGCGUAACAGUUCGAGGGGUACCGCGAGUUGUUGAUUUUAUUAUGCUUCCCGACGCGACUGAAAGUUUAUUAGGGAUGAAUUUUAUUCAGGAGUUUGGCGUGUUACUCGACUUUGAUCUCGGUACGUGGUCUGUGAGACAUGAUAGGACUCCUCAACCUAUCAUUUUUGAAACUCGCUCUUUUAAACCACUUCAUUGUUCGUCUGUGGGUCUUCGCAGUGACGAAGGUACCCAUCUGGUUUCAGAUGAACGACAGCAAUUAUCUGACCCCCUGAAUGUCUACGAGGACAUUUUUACUCCGGGGGGAGGACCUACUCAAUUUGCUGUUCACCGAAUCGAUACUGGAGAUGCCGCCGCGCCAAUUGCUAGCCCGCCAUACAGGGUUAAUCCUGCGAAGGUUGAAGCAGUUAUGAAAAUGAAGCCUCCGACGAACCUGAAAGGGUUGAGGACAUUUUUGCAAACUUGCGCGUGGUUCCGCAAGUUUAUUCCGCAGUUUUCAGAUAUAGCGCGGCCCUUGUCGGACUUGACAAAGAAGAACCGACGUUGGCAAUGGGGGGAGGGAGAGCAACGAGCUUUCGACGAGCUGAAGCUUCGGUUAACCACUAGCCCAAUUCUACGCCAACCAAACUUUGAAGAGCCGUUUACUCUACGAACCGAUGCUAGCGGAUAUGCGUUAGGCGCCGUAUUGAUGCAGGGUGAAACCCCUAAGAACGAGCGUCCAAUAGAGUACGCCAGCAGGUUGCUGACCCCUGCUGAGCGCAACUAUCAUACU